UGCAGUUUUCAUUUCGGCGAUAUAAUAAGUGCGCCUUUUAUCAUUUUGAAAACUUGCCAUUUCGGUCUUUCUCCAAAGCCCUUUUUCCCUUUCGCUCUCGCGAAACCCAGCAGUGUCCAAACACACACACUCCCAAACCCUAACCACGGCACCAUCACAUUCUCUCACUCCCCUUUCCCUUCAGCCAUGCCCGAAUCACGCGACCGUCGCAUAACCGUCGUCGACCUCGCCGCCGCCAUCGCCCGCCGCCGCGCCUCAUUCAUCUACAUCGAUUCUCCGCCGCUCCGAACGCCUCAAAGAACCGCCGCCAUCGGCCGUGGAAGAGCUAGCGGUUCUCCCGGCUCUCAGAACACACCUCCAUCAACUGCUCGACGUGGUAGAGGACGCGUUCCGUCACGCAACGUGCUUCCCGCGUGGUACCCUAGGACACCACUCCGUGACAUUACUGUUGUCGUUCAGGCGAUCGAGAGGAGAAGAGCGAGGUCAGGAGAAGCCGAAGGCCAGCGAAUCGGAAGCACCGAUCCUGCUUCGGAUCGAUUAGUUACAGAACCUUCCGAACCUGCUUCUGCUGAUUCUGCGGUGAAAUCGCCGAAAUCCGUUGGUGUGAAGCUCCGAACGCCGUUCGGCAGCAAAGUGCCGAAGAUCUUCCUCGACAUUUCGGAGUUACCGGAAGACGACGAAUCGGAGACUCUGACGCCGCAGAAGAAGCUUCUUAACAACAUCGAUCAGGUUGAGGAAGCCGUGCGCGAAGAACUGAAGAAGCUGAAGAGAACUCCGAGUGCGAAGAAAGCAGAGAGGGAAAAGCGCGUUCGCACAUUGAUGUCCAUGAGGUGAUUGGAAUUCUCAUUCACAGGGCAGAGCCAGAGAGCAAGGGGUAUUAGAGUCAUUUUAUUCUGGACUGAGUUGAUUCGCUUCGCUUGCGUCUUAGGGCUUGAAGGAGCAAGUUAUAUUCUCUAGUUUGUUUUUAUUUUCUUUCUAACUUUCUUGUUAGAGGUUGUUUUUUGAUUAGGUAGUGUUGGUUGAUAGAUAUAUCCGUCAUUCUUGUGAUGGUUAGUGAUUCCCAGCACCUGUUGUACAUAUUUCCCAUACAUUUCGGGUUGGGGUUGCUUCUAGUGUACCAAUCGUUCAAGAAAAUAAUCGAUUCAUUCUUGUUACCAA